CACCAUAGAACCAUCGUCUCAGUUGCACUUAAAAUGAUAAACAUGUUAAUUUUCCUUAACAAAAUAUUGCACAAGAAAUCAGGCAAGGAAAGCUACAAGUAUUCAGCCAAAGCUUACUCUGGAAGGGGAACAGAUGAUCACACAAAUGAAAGUUGGUAUAAAUAGGGUUACGAGCAUAUUAUUGUACAGCUUUGAUUCUGUCUAUAUUGCAAAGUAUUUACAAAAUUAUGAACAAGGCUAAUUUAUAAGACUUGUGCACAAAUCUUUUUCACCUGUGACGAACAAAUCAAAUUCCUGUGUAUUUAUGCUUGAAUAAAUAGGUAUAUCGCAUAAAUCCGAGGCAGAUCGAUCCAUUAACAGGAGUUUGAUUUGUUCGUCACAGGUUAAAAGGAUUUUUACACAAGUCUAAUAUUUAUCACAGAUAUAGCAAUCUUGGUGCCCGAUUUAAUAUACUAUUUUAUAAAAAAAAUGUAUAGAUGUAUCCCUUCUUAGGCUACUAGUGUUUAAAUAAAAUUACUACCUCACUUGGUUUGUGUUAAUUAGUAACAAUUUGAAAAAGCAGAAUUAAAAGAAAUAAAUAGCAAAUAAUUAUUUUUCCUCAUCAUAAUUAAGCAACAGAAAAAUUAAUGAAUAUAAGCCAUUAACUUCCAGUACCACGGACAGCAGAACACAAGCCUGUGUGACAAAGACAAUUACCCCAUAUGACAAAAAGUAUGUGAACGUCCUCUUCUAAUUGGCAGAUUUGGGUAUUUAAGCUACCCAUGUACCUUGCGGUAUAUGAAAUCCAGCUCCUCAUUAGCCAAAUAUUGCCAGCAUAAUGCUGACGGGUAAUAUGGAGCUUAAUGAUUUUUCAAAUACUUUGGUCAUAAUAUUUCUGCAUACUAAUGCAUUUUGAAGUGGAAGUGGGUAGGACAACACUAUAUCAUCACUUAUACAAUACUCUACACCAACUGAGUACAGGAUUGUUUGCUGGGGAAUUAUAUAGUGCCUCUAAAUGACCAGUCCUCAGUUAAAACUCUCAAUUCUGAGUUCCAAACAGCCGCUGCAUGGAAUGUCUGCAACAGAUCUCUUUGUUUGCUGCAUUGUGAAAUGUUUAAUGAAUAAGUAUUCGCAUGAGUCGAGUACAGCUCACUGGCAUUGAACUUGGGAGCAGUGAGAAGAUAUUAUCUGGAGUGGUUGAUUGCUGCUUUACUACCUGGCAGUUGGUCAGACAAAUUCAUUCUCGACAGUGCAGAGUUUAGUGAAUGUGCCCCAGACCAGUGAUAUACAAAUCUAUUAAAACACAAAUAAUAGCUCAUCACUCAAACUCCCGUCACCCUUGGAUGUCUGCACUGGCUAUAAUGUUCAACUAUACUGACUAUAAUAGCCAUAAACAUCUUGUUUUGACAAGAAUUACAAUAUUUUUUAUAAAGAUAUCUACUGAAGUUAAUAUAUCAAGACAGCUAGUUCACACUUUUAUUGUUCUUAAUUAGUUAAUAUACAUGUUUUUAAUGUCUACAGCUAAACUGGAACAUCUUUUUAUUUGUUUGAUCUAAUUCUCUUGAUAAAUUUCAGGGGAAUUGCACUGAUAACCUUAAGCCCCAUUAAACCAACGUUGCACUAAAAUUCAGAGCUGAAUUACCCAUAGGGUGGUAUAGAAGGCUGCUUAGGACCCAGGAUCAAACAGGUGCUCUGGCUCUGUAUGUGAGGGGGCCCACUCUGAGCCAGAAGGGAAAUCAAUAGAUCUCCCUGCUUUGCACUGUCUGUGUCCCAUCACUUCUUUGAUUGAGCAUUGUGGUCUGCACCUAUACCAGGUGCAGAUCAUUUUAGGAGCUCCCCUGUGUUCCACCCCAUUCACUGUCAAUGAUUUAGAACACAGCAGCCAGUAAUUUUGAUUAAGUGAAGAUACUGAGAAUGAGUUCUUAAAGUAAUCUAGCAUGAUAGAAGUGAAGACCCCAGCUUUCCCUGUCCAGGCCACAUGGGAUCAUACCCAAAAUAGCUUUCACAGACCCACAAGGGAUAACACCCAGACCCACAAGGGAUAAAUAGGAGGGAGAAAAUUAAAAUACAUUUCCCAAAACUCAGACACAACACUACACAGCCUUCGGCACACACAACACUCAGCUUCACUGAGACCCCUACCCACACACAACACUCAGACUCCACUCACAAAAUUCAGCCACAACACAUACAACUUUCAAACAGCACACCAAGGCAUAAUGAUACCCCUCCCCCACCCCUUAGUAAACUUUAGAGGUAUAGACACAUCUUUUAUUUUUACAUUUGUUGUGGAUCAUCUACAUGUGGAGGUUACUAAUGUGAAAGUAUCAUUAUUAUUUUUAUUCUUUUGUAUGUAAAGUGGUGAUAUAUUUUGCAUUUUUGUGCACUUCACCUGUCUUGUACGUACAUAACCACGCCAGCCAUAAUGAACCAUUCUUGCAGCUCUGUGUUCGCACAUUCUAUGUUUUCAGAAAUUACAGCGACUAAUGAGAGUUUGUUUAUGUAUGUACCCACUCCUCGUAUUCCUCAUUGCCUUGUUGUGUUUUCCAAAAGUGCAUUCUGAUUAUUUGACCAUUUGGCAUCUUGUCUUUUCACAUGCUUUCGGAUUACUGUACUCCCAAACUUGGCUUGCAUACCAUUUUUGUGCUUCUUUGUCCCCCUUGUCGUUUGAUUCUUUCUGGUUAUACUUUUCCUAUUCCUAGACUGUUUGGCCAUUCUUGGAACUGUGUUUAGCCUGGCCACCUCUAAGGACUGGUAAAGCUCUCUGCUCUAUGUUUUCUUUAUUCUGACGCACCUAGGUUGGCGUGUUGGACCACUUCUAUUUCACUGGAUCACUCAUUAUCUGGUACUCAUCUAGGCUGAAUUUAGCUUCUGAGAUUAACUUGGUUGUUUUUCACCCCGCCUUUUCCCUUGCCACCAACCCUGUCCUCACCUUUCUUACUUUAUCAUCAUUCCUUAUUCUGUAGUCUGUAUUCUACCAAAUAAAAUCGUAUUAAUUUAGAAGUGUCUCCCUUGCAGGAGUUGCAGUCUCACAUAGACAGCAUGCAGUUGGAUCUGACUCUUAAAGAAGGCACUAUUAGUGCUGUAAAAGAAGAGAAUGAGUCUCUGCGCAGGCACUUGAAAAAUAUUACAGGUAAUAAGGUCACAUGAGAUCAUACAUAGACAGGUUUUUUUUUUUUAUUCUUUAUUUUUGUAGUGCAGGGAAGUACAGAUAGAUGCAUAAAUGACAAUAACACGAGGAAGUAUGACAUUAUUCACAAUCAAAGAGACAAGCAUCAUGUCACAAAAGCUGCACUAUUUUCUAUUAAUGAAGUAUCAUGCUAAACAUACGUGUCUCCGUGUGAGACAAAGUUGGAGAUUCAAAAACAAAAAGCAUCAGACACGAAGAUUACUGGCUAUGCCAUAGAAAAAUAAUAAUAAAGUAGUCGAGUAAAUAAACAAGCUAAUACAUAUCCACAGCAUCUAGAUAUGGGUUAUCUAUCGUGGCUUGCGCUACAGAAAGCAGAUGAUCACAAGAUUAUAUGCAAACAUGACUGCAAAGAAAACUGUGACUGUAAGGCACAUGCACUCAGAUAGCAUCAAAAUAAAGCAAAUCUAGCUGUAGGCUAGUCAUCUGGGCCAUGCAAAUAUUACAUUUGUAAAGAUGGCAAGUCCAAGGCGCAGUCUACGUCUACCAUCCUCUGCCAACCAUAGGGGCUUGCUCCAGGAGCCCAGAGCGCGGGCUAUCCAUUGCGGCCCAACUCCUCACUGGAAAUGAACAAGACGAGCUACGGUUGAGCUCUGGUUUACUCCCUCCUUUGGACCGGUAGGGGGUCAUCCUGGUCCACCACAGCAAUCAUUCCUAUCUGGCUAUAUGCUCACAGGCUCCGGUGUUCCCCCCAACCCUUACAUAUAUCUCAUCCCCCCACCCCUCCAUGUGUCUCAUUCCAACAUCCCCCCCAGCUCCUCCAUGUCUUAUUCUGACCCACCAUGCGACUCUCUUCCCCCCACCGCUCCUGAGUCUGAAUAAGUUUUACACUGAGAAAUUGCCAUAGGGAGAAUUAGAUUAUUCAUUCCCCACCGCAUCUCCCCCCCAACGACUCCAUGUGUCUUUCCACAAUCCCCCUCCGUUUCCUGCUCUCCUCUGAGCUGACAGCGGUACCCGGUUUCACAGGAAGUGCUCACUCAGUGAGUACUUCCUAUUAGACCGCGUCCACUUGGCCACGCUACAUUCAAUUGGGAGGGUCUGCUGUGCACCGGCCCUGAAGUUUUGUCAGCCCACGGUUGCAGGGGUCAGCCAGUUGGCAGGCCAGCCAGGCAACCAGAAGUGACAGGCCCGGUCGCAGUUGCAAUCCAAGCGACUGGUAGGUACGCCACUGUUUGCCUCCUUGGGCAUCAUCAACUUUAUGUUGCUGUUCAUCUCCCUAUGCUUAAAGUGGAGAUUGCUUAAAGGAUCACUAUAGGGUCAGGAACACAAACAUGUAUUCCUGACCCUAUAGUGUUAAAGCCACCGUCUAGCCCCCCUGGGCUCCUCAUGCCUCCAUAAAUAUAGUAAAUAUCUUACUGUAUUCAAGCCUGAAGCUGCUGGCUCUGCCCUGUCUGCCUCAGAAAAACAAGCAGUCUGCUGACAUCAGAAGUGGUGGCCUGAUCCAUUCACAGUGCUUCACCAUAGUAUUGGCUGAGACAGACAAGGAGGCAGAUAAGGGGCAGAGCCAGCAUGAUUCAAACACAGCCCUGGCCAAUCAGCAUCUCCUCAUAGAGAUUAAUUGAAUCAAUGAAUCUCUAUGAGGAAAGUUCAGUGUCUGCAUGCAGAGGGUGGAGACACUGAAUGUUUGGAUGCAUUUUAGGCAGCCAUGACCCAGGAAGGAUCUCUAACAGCCAUCUGAGGAGUGGGAAGUGAAGUUAUCGCUAGGCUGUAAUGUAAACACAGCAUUUUCUCUGCAAAGACAAUGUUUACAGCAAAAAAUCUGAAGGUAAUAAGUCUACUCACCAGAACAAAUUCAAUAAGCUGUAGUUGUUCUGGAGACUACAGUGUCCUUUUAAUAAAGUAUUGGAAGUGAGGUCACAAAUCUAGUAAGUGUGGCUUACUAGGAAUGAAAGGCUCACUCUAAUCACCACAGGCUGAUUUAGUGAUUAUGGUACCUAAUUCUGUGUCAAACCAUUUUUGAGCCCGUGGCACGGUAUCUAGAUUGUUCUGUAGCUAUUGUGGAAGUUAGAUGAACGCCUGUUAAUUUAAUUAAUAUUGUGAUUGCAUUGAUUUGCUGAGCGUGUCAGUUCACAAUCUCAGCCAAUCAAUUUGGUUCAAUGCGGAGAAUGUAACUUCCAAGCUAUCAAUAUGGCAAGCUAGAAGCCGGGACAGGCCUGCCUCAAUGACCAUUGGAUUGCGUCAAAUUGCUUGAAAGCAGUUUGACACAUAACCUAGGAGGGAUGCCUGUAGCUUGCUAGCAUAAAAACCACUACAACAGGCUAGUUAUUCACCCCCUCUAUAAAGUCAAUAACUACUUAGAUUAUCGUACUCUCACACUAUAUUGACUCAAUUACAUAAUAUUGUUCUCCUCUCAGAUGCAAAUAUGCGAGAAAAGGAAAUUCUGUUGGAAGAUGUAACACAGCUACGAAAACUAGCUGAUGUUUCUAAGCAAGACAUUGCUCAAAAAGAGGAAAAACAAGGGAAAAUUCAUCAAGAGCUUCACAGCACCAUCUACACAGUAAAAGAGAAAGAUCGGGAGUGCAAAUUGCUGCAAACACAAGUAAUCACUGCCUUGCUCCAGUUUGCUAAUGUCUAAAUGCUUGGUAGCCAUAUGCAAUAGCCAUUGCUAAUGUGUCCUCUUUAUUAAUCGAAUUUUAAGUAAACCCGUCAUGACAGUUAAUAAACAUCUUUUCAUGCAGUGAAUAUAUAGCGUACCAUAAUGAUGACAUAUAUUGAAUUGUUUUAGGAGAUAUUCAUUCAGUGCUUGCUUCCCCUCCAGUGCUGACACCAUCACUAUCACUCUGGAUUUCUGGCAAUACUAUUAUGUAACAUCCACCCAAUAUUCCCUCCAAACUCUUGUCCACCUCCAAAACUAUUGGGCCUGGUUGAGUGCUCUUUCCAGCAGAUGUCACACCUUCCUGACGAUGCCAACAUGCUGGCUUUAUUGCCAGUGCAUCAGAGUCUGUAUGGUGUAAAUAUUUCACCCUCUUCUUAUGUUCCUCUGGAAAAGUGUAAUAUGCACAGCUGACAAAUACAGGGAGUGCAGAAUUAUUAGGCAAGUUGUAUUUUUGAGGAUUAAUUUUAUUAUUGAACAACAACCAUGUUCUCAAUGAACCCAAAAAACUCAUUAAUAUCAAAGCUGAAUAUUUUUGGAAGUAGUUUUAGUUUGUUUUUAGUUAUAGCUAUGUUAGGGGGAUAUCUGUGUGUGCAGGUGACUAUUACUGUGCAUAAUUAUUAGGCAACUUAACAAAAAACAAAUAUAUACCCAUUUCAAUUAUUUAUUAUUACCAGUGAAACCAAUAUAACAUCUCAGCAUUCACAAAUAUACAUUUCUGACAUUCAAAACAAAAACAAAUCAGUGACCAAUAUAGCCACCUUUCUUUGCAAGGACACUCAAAAGCCUGCCAUCCAUGGAUUCUGUCAGUGUUUUGAUCUGUUCACCAUCAACAUUGCGUGCAGCAGCAACCACAGCCUCCCAGACACUGUUCAGAGAGGUGUACUGUUUUUCCCUCCUUGUAAAUCUCACAUUUGAUGAUGGACCACAGGUUCUCAAUGGGGUUCAGAUCAGGUGAACAAGGAGGCCAUGUCAUUAGAUUUUCUUCUUUUAUACCCUUUCUUGCCAGCCACGCUGUGGAGUACUUGGACGCGUGUGAUGGAGCAUUGUCCUGCAUGAAAAUCAUGUUUUUCUUGAGGAUGCAGACUUCUUCCUGUACCACUGCUUGAAGAAGGUGUCUUCCAGGAACUGGCAGUAGGACUGGGAGUUGAGCUUGACUCCAUCCUCAACCCGAAAAGGCCCCACAAGCUCAUCUUUGAUGAUACCAGCCCAAACCAGUACUCCACCUCCACCUUGCUGGCGUCUGAGUGGGACUGGAGCUCUCUGCCCUUUACCAAUCCAGCCACGGGCCCAUCCAUCUGGCCCAUCAAGACUCACUCUCAUUUCAUCAGUCCAUAAAACCUUAGAAAAUCAGUCUUGAGAUAUUUCUUGGCCCAGUCUUGACGUUUCAGCUUGUGUGUCUUGUUCAGUGGUGGUCGUCUUUCAGCCUUUCUUACCUUGGCCAUGUCUCUGAGUAUUGCACACCUUGUGCUUUUAGGCACUCCAGUGAUGUUGCAGCUCUGAAAUAUGGCCAAACUGGUGGCAAGUGGCAUCGUGGCAACUGCACGCUUGACUUUUCUCAGUUCAUGGGCAGUUAUUUUGCGCCUUGGUUUUUCCACACGCUUCUUGCGACCCUGUUGACUAUUUUGAAUGAAACGCUUGAUUGUUCGAUGAUCACGCUUCAGAAGCUUUGCAAUUUUAAGUGCUGCAUCCCUCUGCAAGAUAUCUCACUAUUUUUGACUUUUCUGAGCCUGUCAAGUCCUUCUUUUGACCCAUUUUGCCAAAGCAAAGGAAGUUGCCUAAUAAUUAUGCACACCUGAUAUAGGGUGUUGAUGUCAUUAGACCACACCCUUUCUCAUUACAGAGAUGCACAUCACCUAAUAUGCUUAAUUGGUAGUAGGCUUUCGAGCCUAUACAGCUUGGAGUAAGACAACAUGCAUAAAGAGGAUGAUGUGGUCAAAAUACUCAUUUGCCUAAUAAUUCUGCACUCCCUGUAAUCUCAGCAGAUGCAAUGCAUGUACUGUAGUUGAUUUGAAGGACAGUAGAAGAUCUGCCCCUAAGAAUGUUCUCCUGUUUUCUGGUACCGUAUAUUGCAAUAAAUGCACGUUUACUGUUGGUUUUUGUUUCGUAAGAUGCAUUAAAAAGGAGAGGGGUGCAUAUUUUCCUUUGGUGUAUCUUGUGCCAGCCUGUACCAGCUGUUUACAUUAGUUUAUGUUUAGCUUCAGGAGCAUAGGAACCAACAUCAUCAGAUAGAGGUACAGCUUGCAGAAAAGAGGAUGGAUUUCUUACAGACCCAGACCUCUUUACAUCAGCUGGAAGAACAGUAUCUAAAGACCACUCAGUCUGUCCAGGAACAGAUCGCAUCUGAACUGCGGUAUGAACACAAUUAUUUCGAGGCUGCUCAUCAUUAUAGCCUUGUAAAAUCUUUAUUAUAAAGAUGGUCAAUAUUUGUAAUUAAGUGUUUUAACACCAAUAGUUUGAUAAUUUCAUUUAUAUUUUAAACUGCAGUCACAUCUCUAAUUGUACUAUUAUUUUAAUAUUAGAAAAGAAGCAGAAAAACUGAGACAUCAGCUAAAAGAAAAACAGAUGUCUGCAGACGAGGAUAAAUAUUUGAGAAACAAAAUGGCAGAAGACUGUGCGUGGCUCACUAAAGAAAAUGGAGUCUUACAGUCUCGGGUACUGGAAGCAACCAAACUGCUUGAAAAGGUGACAUUCCGCUAUAAACUUUUUUCUGUUUUUUUUUAGUUUUUUUUUUUUGGUAAAUCAGUUUUUAUUCUGUUUCAUGCAUUACGAUACAGGUAAAGAUCAUGCAAGAUAUGCAUGUGUUUCAUAUUAAACCAACAGAGAGGUCUCCAUUGUGAAACCUUGCAAUAAAAUAACUGGAUAUAACAUAACAAACCUUUCCCUAUAACCAUCCCCUCUCACAGAGAUAUCCCUGUUUUAUCUCUCUAUCACCCUUCCCAUUUAAAAAAAUAAAUAGAAUUGCUAACUAUUAGGCUCUCACUUCAGUUUCCCUUGGUACUUAUCUGUGUCUGUGAAUGUCAUGAAUUAGGUCCAGAUUGUCAGGUAGGUGGUCAUCCACUCUAAAGACCGACUCCUUUGUAGAACGUAGUUCCUCCAUAGACUAUGCAGUGGAGCCGUAGGUUUUCUCCAGCACAAGAGGACAAGACCUUUGGCUAUGAUCAGUAUAAGAAUAUUCGUGGAGGUUUUAUACACCAAUGUACGUGUAAUCCUGUGGUGUAGUAACUUGGGCACUGGGAGAAAAAGAAGGGUGAUUAUCUGAAAAUUUCUGAACUAAGAUGUGAAUUUUCUUUCAAAAGGGACGUAUCGUUGGACAGUCUCACAAUACUUGUAAAGCGGUUCCACAGUUGUGUGACACGUCCAGCACUGGUUAUUAAUCCCUGGGUUUAUAGUGUGCAACAAGUGUGGGGUUCUGUAGAGACAUGAUAAGGGCUUGUAGGCAGAUUCUUGUAUUGCACUAGAGAGUGCACAGUGUUGGGUGAUGUUACAUAUCUUUUUCCAUUGAACUGGAGUAAACGUGACUCCCAAGGCUUCCUUCCAUUUUUAUAUAAACCUGGGUGGUAGUGCUCUCAAUUGGGCUUGAAGAGUAGUACAUAGAAAUGAGAUCCCAUGAACCAAUGGCUCGAGGAUCAGACACAAUGAUUCGAAUUAGAUCAGAUCAUGUGUAAGAAGUGGUCUUUGAGGAAUAUGUUUAAGAAAUGUCAGGAGUUGUUGAAAUCAGAAUUGUGUCAUGAAUGACAGGGUCCAUACCAUGAGUGGUCUCCCCAGUCAAAUUAUAUCCACUUCCACAAUUUGUGUACAUCUGCUUUUGACCAUUCCACAAUUCUCAGGCGGUGAGUGGCUUGGUAGUACAGCCAAAAGUCUGGGAAAGCUGGGCUCCACCUAGACUUUGACAGUGUCAUUGUGGCGUAGCUAGUGCGUAUAGCUCCCUUAUGCCAAAUAUAUUUAAUGACUAGUGUGUGUAAUGGGGCACAAAAAGCAGAAUGUAGGUAAAUGGACAAAGUCUGGAACAGGUAAAAUAUUGUUGGUAGUGGGUUAAUUUUAACUAUUUCUACCCUGCUAAGCUAGGAAAGGUGUAUCAGCUCCCACUCUUCCAUAUUACUUCUGAACUUGUCCAGUAAUUUUUUCUAUUUAAUGAUAUACAAAAUUUGUUUAUGGUAUCUUAAGGAUAAUACACUAGAUUAUUUAAACUAAUUUUUGUCUAGCUACAUCAUGUUUUACUUUGAUAGUGGUGUAAAUAACAGGAGGAUUGCAAUGUUGAUGGAAACUUUCUUUAUUGUACUAAUCUUUUAAGACUUUUUUCUUCAGGUCAGAAGCAAUACAGAAUAUUGCGCACAUGUGUAACACUUAUCUAGCUUACAAUUACAAUAAAAUGUUUAUAGUGCCAACAUAUUCUGCAGUGCUGUACAAUGGGUACAUAAGACAAACAUUUAAUUCUAACAAAACAUGAUUGACAUACAGGAACCUUAGGCAAAGAUUGCCCUGCCCAAACGAGCUUACAAUCUAAAGGUUUAUAUAUAUAAAAAUUUCAACAGUUUAUAUAUAUAUAUAUACUGAUCAGCCAAAAAACAUUAAAACCACUUGCAGGUGAUAUUAAUAGCAUUGAUUAUAUUGUUACAAUGACACAGCUGUCAAUGGGUGGGAUAUAUUAGGCAGCAAGUGAACAGCUAGUUCUUGAUUUACAUGUGUUGGAAGCAGAAACAAAAUGAGUAAGUGAAAAGAAAUGAGUGACUCUGACAAUCUCUGGGUGUUCCCAGUUAGUAACUACCAAAGUGGUGCAAGAAAUGGCAACCAGUGAACCGGCGUCAGGGUCAUGGGUGCCCAAGGCUCAAUAAUGCACAUGAGAAGUGAAGGCUAACUCAUCUGGUCCGAUCCCACAGAGGAGCUACUGUAGCUCAAAUUGCUGAAAAAUGUAAUGCUGGCCAUGAUAGAAACACGUGCAGUACAUCACAGUGGGACUGCGUAGCUGCAGACCAAUCAUGAUGACCCCUGAGUGAUCAUGAUGACCCCUGUCCACCACCGAAAGCAUUUCAAUGGUGAUGUGAGCAUAAGAAUUGGAUCGAGGAGCAAUGGAAGAAGGUUGCCUGGUUUGAUGAAUCAUGUUUCCUUUUAGAUUAGGUGGAUGGCCGUGUGCGUGUCCAUUGUUUACAUGGGGAAGAGAUGGCAGCAGCAUGAACCAUGAGAAGAAGGCAGCCCGGUGGAGACAGUGUUUCAGUGCUCUGGGCAAUGUUCUGCUAGAAAACCUUGGGUCAUGGCAUUCAUGUGGAUGUUACUUUGGCACAUACCACCAAUCUAGAGAUUGUUGCAGACCACAUAUACCCCUUUAUCGCAAUGGUGUCCCAUGAUGGCAGUGGCUUCUUUCAGCAGGAUAAUGCACCAUACCACACUGCAAAAAUUGUUCAAAAAUUGUUUGAAGAACAUGACAAAGAUUUGAAGGUGUUGCCUUGGCCUCCAAAUUCCCCAGAUCUUAAUCCGAAUGAGCAUCCAUAGGAUGUGCUGGAACAACACAUCCGAUCCAUGGAGGCCCCCUCUCGCAGUUUGCAGGACUUGCAGGAUCUGCUGCUAAUGUCGCUAAUGUCUUGGUGCCAGAUACCACAAGACACGUUCAGAGGAGUCUUGUGGAGUCCAUGCCUCAACUGUUUUGGCAGCACGAGGGGGACGUACACAAUAUUAGGUAGGUUGUUCUGGAUCAGUAUAUAUAAUAUUCAUUGCUAAGCAGCACUACAUCAUUAAACUGCACAUGUGUGAGACAAGUCCAGGAGUCAGUCUGGCAGGGUUAUUCACUAAACUAUGAAUUGAAGAUAUUUAAAAUCCAAAAUCGCAGUCUAACCAUUUUGCCCUCAGUUUUGGCUUUUCAUUUUUAAUUUGCUUCAAGUUUAGUGUAUUCCCCUGAUACUUUUCGUUAAACCAGAAAUUGGCAUGGGAAUUGAAAACCAAUACCAAUAUAACUGAACUGGAAAAAUCAGAUGAAUUAGAGAAUUUCUUUGCAAUUCAACUAUUUUGACCUAGAAAUAAAAUAAAACCCAGUGACUGUGCAGCUCUAAGGCUUUGACCUACACAAGGUGUGUGCAUUCAAUUCUAAGUUUAGGUUGUUAAGGGAAUCCUUUUUAUUCAAUGCAUGAAUGCACCACUAUUCGACGAGUGAGAGGUUUUACAUGUUGUAUUUGCAUGGCAGUAACCCUUGCAAACAUGCCCUCCAGGGAAACUGUUGUCAGUCAGUGCAAAUGAAACUGUCAUUGGCAGUGCCCUCUCCAAACAGCAAACGCAAACCACAAUCCUAGUGCAGGCUUUAAACUCUCUGUUCCUGCAUAUUAACUACACAUGCUGAAUGUAUGAUUUUAGACAUCUUUGUAAUCCAUAAAAUAUAUAUAUUUUUUUUAUUUAUUUUUUUUGCAGUGCGUUGUUUUAGUACAGGCAAGCUAGAUGUACCCCAAUGGCAUUCCUCAGCAUAGUAUCACAUGUGACAUUUGGGGUAUUUAGUAGGAUUUGCACUAUUUUAUGAUAUAGUAGAAACAAGACAAACAGCAAGCUAGUCAAUCAUAUCUAACUACAAGAGUAAACAUCAGAGAAUCACAGUAGUAGCUAUUACAGUGGACUGUACCAGAUACGUUCAUUAUAUAUUGAUAAUCUGUGUGUCUAGGUAGACAUGGUAAUAUAGGAGAUGGUACAUUAGGUAGACAAGCUAUGAAGAACGCUGUUAGGGCGCCCCUGGGUGUGGUGUCAGUAGGAAGAUGUACUACUGUGAUAUUAGUCAGAGUAUGGAGAGUUAACAGAAAAGAAUGUAAAAUAUAAUAAAAACAUAUUACUCAAGACUUGGUGCAUGGCAUGUAAAACUCAGAUAUUUGCUGCUCUGGUUGUUGGGGAGAGAAUGUGUCUAUGUGUCAGACCCAUAGGCUAAAGUAAAGUAGAGGCAUGCAACGGUCAAAAAAGAAUACAGAAACUUAAGUCUAUAUAAGCAGGAUCAUAACAGGUGUCCACCAGGUUAAACAGGGUCUGCAAUGUCGUCUGUGCCAGCGCCAUCACUGGAACGUGCCCGAAAGCAGUCCGGGUCUUCGUACCCCUUCGUCCAGUGCCCAGUCUAUUGGGAGGUCGUUGGUCGCUCUGCAGUGGGCAUGUUUCAUGCAGGUAUGUACCUUUCGUAAGAGCAUGAGGCUGUACUGUGUCUGGGUGCCUCGUGGUGCUCCUGCACAAAGAUCCGCCAUCUUGUGGGGCUAGGGCCUUUAGCACAUGUGGAGGCCAGUAAUGCCGAGUGGUCACAGGGGAUCCAGUUUUGUCUAGUGUCAGCAAAUGCCUCUGCGUUAGUUUGCCUGUCGCUGUACUGCACCGCCUGAAUGGUCGCUAUAGUGGGGGCCUCCCCUCAGUCAGCUUUGAUCGCUCUAGCUGGCGGUUUCUAGGGGGGAGGUAAUUCAAGCGGUUCCUCUUUCGUGUGCCUCUCCUCCGCUCUGCCCGCUGUGCGCCUCGAGGGCUCUUUGUCUUUAGAGUGGGCUUGGUAGCUGCCCUCCUUGCAUGGAGCCAGCGCGGUCUCUGCCGCUGUGGGCGAACUGUUGGAGGUUCCACGGCCAACCGUUGGACCCGAGGGUGCAGGCUUGGUUUUUUGAGUAAGCAUGUUGGGGGUGUUUGAGGAGCACCUGUGGGAAGCCUGCGUUGCAACUUGUCCCAGAAGCAUUCGAAAAGGGCUUCCAGCCCGGACCUUCACUCCCAGACAGGACCAUGCUAGGCCUUGAGUCGCAGGGUCAGAGCUCCGCUGCCGGGUCCUCGCCAAAUCGCCCUAGCCAGUGCCCAGGGGGUCCUAGACAUUGUCGGGUAUCAUCAAAAGUCGUUUGUACAGCAGGAACAAGACUUUGGCAUGAUUUAGGGUGAGUUAGGUGAGGAGCCCAUGUUACAUGCGACUGCUUAUCACGGCAGUCCGGCCCCGCCCCCAAAAAUAUGGCCAUUUUGUCAGCCAUGUUUGAUUUUUACCCUUUUUAAGAAACACAUAAUAGAUUUAAAGGGACACUCUAGUCACCAAAAUAACCUUAGCAUAAUGAAGCAGUUUUGGUGUACAGAUUAUGCCCCUGCAGUCUCACUGCUCAAUUAUCUGCCAUUAAUGAGUUUAAUCACUUUUUUUACACAGACCUGGUCAUACCUCCCUGCACAUGACUUGCACAGCCUUCCUAAACACUUCCUGUAAAGAGUCAUCCAAUGUUUACACUUCCUUUAUUGUAGAUUCUGUUUGAUUUAGAAUUUCUUAUCUCCUGCUCUGUUAAUAGCUUGUUAGACCUUGCAGGAACCUCCUGUAUGCAAUUAAAGUCCAAUUUACAAAGCAGGAGAUAAAAACAGAAACAAAACUGAUUUAACUCUUAAAUGACAGUGAAUUUGGCAGUGAAACUUCAGAGGCAUAAUCUAUAAACUAUAAUUACUUCAUUAAGCUAAAAUUGUUUUGGUGACUAUUGUGUCCCUUUAAAUACAAUAUAUUAUUUUUCACAUUUUUUAACAUAAUUCUUAAUAAUGUCAGUUAUAACAGGUGAACUUUAAAUACACAGAUCAAAAAACAAUCAAUCAAAAUAGGAAUCAUUUGGCAUAAUAUAAUAGCAAAAAGUAGCAUUAUAUUACAUUCAGUAUUAGUUGUUAAUAGAAUUGGAGUGAAAAACAAAAUGCAAUAUUUGAGAUGCAACCACUUUCUUCUAAUUAAUAAUACAUUUUAUUUUUUUUUAAAUCUCAUUUAUGUGAACCAACAGCCUUGAAGACAACAGCAACACACCCCACAAUGCAACACAAUGGAUUGUUGUUUUUUUAUGUAUCUACACCUUAACAAUUCGUGGUUCAUGUUCCCAUGCCCAUAAUUUAUAUAGCUGGCUUGACUAUUGCUAGUAAUCAAGAUUAGCUAUACAAAUGCUUAGUAACUCCGCCUCACAGAUUGUCCUCCACAGAUACUUGGACUAUUUCAAGUGACUUCUCUUAACAUAAGACUCAAGUCGUCUGUCUCCAAGUGACAAUGAAGAGGCUAAAAAACAAUGGGCUAUUGUUAAAGACUGUCUGACUGGCAUAUGUUGUGAUUAGUUGCACUUAAUGAUCGCUUGAGAGGGGUGAAAGUAAAUAUGUGUAAAAUAUUAAUCAAAGGAAAAUAUUUUAUUUAUUAUAUUUGUAAUUAAAUUGUUGGUUCCCUAUCCAUGGAAUUUUGAUAGCAUAGGACAAACUAACCCUACAUUUGUAAACAGAGUAAUUAAAGAAACCUCACCCGAUAAAAUAUAAAAAUCACUGUAAAAGCCAAGUAAAGUUACUCUCUUUAACACUGCAGCAUGUCCUAUUUAGCUAGAACACCGCUUAAAACUUAAUGAGCGCCCUAGCACUAUAUAAAACUUGAGAUGAAGCGUGGAUACCGGAAAAACCCAACUUCUAUUUAGAUACGCCCUAUCUAAAUUAUAUAUUUUAGUGUCCUAAGUUAACUCACAACACUGAAAAGGCUGCAAAUCUUGCAAUAAAUAAAAUUUAAGAAAAAAAACAUAAAAAUAUAGAUGAAAGCGGGUGCAUGCUAUACCUGGUUUCUAUACCAUGGGUGAAGGGGUUCUAAAGGGGUAUUAGAUAUAUCAAAGCCAGGGUAUGCAAUGUUUGAUGUUUCCCCAUUCCAGGUAAGCAGUGCAGAGGGUAAGGAGGUGAGCAGUGCAGAGGGUAAGGAGGUAAGCAGUGCAGAGGGAGUCUUGGUGCUUGAGAAAUGUAAGCAAGCCCCCAACCUUUUUUUUUUUUUAUGGUGGGGGGGAAUUUGAAUCUAUGUAGGGACAGAGACACUAUAGUAUUCUGAAUACAGGUUUAGAUUCCUAACAUUAUAGUGUUCCUUUAAAUGUAUUGAUUUUUAAAAUUAAAAUUAUCCUUUUUGCCCAAAUGCGAUCACUGGUAGAUGCACACAUACAUAUACACACACACACAAACACUCGCACGCAUUCACUCAUUCACACACACACAAUGGUCCACACAAUUACAAUCAGUAACCAAUGCACACACAAAUUCAUUGACUCACCCAGAGUGACACAUACACACUGACUCAAGCAGACAUAAACUAACUUGUGUAGACUGACAUACACACACAUACACUGGCCCAAGCAUACACACACACAGACCUAAGCAGACACACACAAACCCAAGCAAACACACACACUUUACCAAAACGACACACACACAGACCCAAACAGAUACACACACUGACCCAAGCAUGCUUACACACACACACACUGACCCAAGCAGACACACAGACACACACUCUGAUCUAGACACACACACUGACCCAAGCACAUACACACACAUACUGACUCAAGCAGAUACACACACUGAUCCAAGCAGACACACACACUGGUCCAAGCAGACACACACACUGACCCAAGCACACACACACACACACACACACACUAACUGAAACUGGCUGACACAGACACACAUACACACUGAUCCAAGCAUACACACACACAGUGACUGAAACAGGCUAACACACACACACACACACACACACUGAUCCAAACAUACACACACACUGAUCCAAGCACACACACACUGACUGAAACAGGCUGACACACACACCAUGAAGUCCCCCACUUGUCUUUAUUUAUUAUGGUCUCUCCGAGGGUCCUAGUUCAGGCCUGGCUGCCUUCAUUCUGCUGUACUCCCACUUGACGCCAAUCGUAUGAUGCGCCAGUGUGCUGCGACAUUGGAGGUGUGUAGGGGGGUCAGCUCUGUGAUCCUUGCUGGCUGAGGAUGAUGGCACCGGGCGCUAGUCUGAAGCCAUGUAAGUGCUCCCUAGAGCCCCAUGCCAUCACUAGCAGCACACCAAACACAAUUUUACCUAUAUAGAGGGGCAGCCUAAACCAUCAGUAAAGCUGCCGCUGGUGCCCCCUCCUUAAGUAGCACUGUAGUCAGCCGCCUAAUUGGCCUAUAGGACGCGCCGGCCCUGUGUGUAUGUAAAUCCCAUACAGGUUUUGUCUUAAAGGGACACUAUAGUCACCAAAACAACUUUAAUUGAAUAAAGCAGCUGUCGUGUGUAGACAAUGUCCUUGCAGUCUCACUGCUCAAUUUACUGCCCUUAAGGAGUUAAAACAUUUUUUUUUUUUAUCCAGCCCUAGUCAUACCUCACUGCAUAUGACAUGCACAGGCUUCCUAAACACUUCCUGUAAAGAGUCAUCUAAUGUUUACACUUCCGUUAUUGCAUUUCAAUGAAGUGGUCUGGGUGAGAGGCCCUUUAAUUUUAACCCUGCAAUCUAAAACAUUGCCAUUUAGUAUAUACAGAAGUGUUUUGAUUGAAGCCUCUAGUGGCUGUCUUGCUGAAUAUGUUGGCGCUUUAUAAAUGCCAGUAAUAAAUAAAUAAAUGUGACGUUUGACAUCCCUGAGGAAGUUGAACAUCAUCCAUUGUAGCUCAUAGGAAAGCAUUGGAUUCAUUGGAGAUGACAGCAAGCAACACUAAGUGAGAGGAGGUGAGAGUGGCAGCAAUAAGAGAGUCCCGGCAUUGGCAAAAGAGAUGACCCUAAUUCCUACUAGGGACUUGGACACUAUAGCGUUAGGAAUACACAUUUGUAUUCCGAAUGCUAAAGUGUUUCUUUAGCAGUAAAUUCAUUAAACGUGCUCAUUUAAGCAGUUUCUUCUGGUUAAACACAGCAUUAGGUUAGUUCCGAAUGUAAGGUACGUGCUCUUUUGUGCCAAAGCAUAUGUGUGUUUCCGAUACCGCAAUCUAUAAAGUUUUCAAUCCUUUGAAUAUAUAAAGUGUGUAUAUUUUUAAUCUUGUAGGAGCAGCAGCUCAGGGAAAAUGAGAGAAUGAAAAACACAAAAAGGAUUUCUGAGAUAACACUGGGGAAAGAAAAAGAAAGAGAGCUUGAGCGGACCCUGUCACACCUGAAAAGACUUGUACAGGACGAAAAGGACAAAGUGUUCACUGCACAGGAGCAGGUAGGAAGAUGAGAAGCCUUGCUAACCUCUCUGGCACAUAAUCAGCUCAAAUGUUCAGUGGAAGUAACUUUGGGUCGUGUCAAAAAAAGAAAAGAUCAAUAUAAUCUUAGAGAUUUAUUCAUAAAAUAUAUCAACUGUAGAACAUUAAAAUCAAAAAUGUAGCUGUGACUAUAACCAAAAAAGAUAGUUAUUUUUUGCCUAAUUUAGCCUUUACAUGUCAAUUAGCCAAAAAUUGGGGUUUAGUUAAUAAACCCAAAAUGUCAUUAAACAUCCACAGACUGAGUUGAUCCAAGGAUAAAGCUUAAAAGAACAAAAUAUCUGAAGAUUGAGUUAAUCAAUGUAUAAAACUUCAUAGGAUAGUAAUGAUUUUGUGUUUACUUUCCCGGAAGGGCAAUCUCUCAAACUGUUGUCUGUUGAGUCUGCAAAUUAUCCACAGGGGCUAAAGGAAAUGUAACAAUUUAGCUGCCUUCAUAAAUAAGCAAGUAGACUGACACACAGACAGCAUGAAAAGUCCCACAAGGACUCACAUUUAUCAGCUGAAAUGGGAAAUAAAUUAGUUAUGCUGGGUGGUCGCUUUGUUGUCUUUUUUCCCUGUCAUAAUAAGAAUUACAGAGUUAUUUACUGGAGUUAGAAUUGUCAGAAAUUCAAAGACAAUUUAAGGUUUUAGACGUCAAUAGAUGAACUGGAUGCACUGGCUGCCUUCAAUUUGAAAUUCACUUGGAAUUCCCAACAAUUCUCACUGUAAUUUUGUUCCAUAAUCUCUUCCUUCCUUUCCCUCCUUCUAACCUGCAGUGUGCCCCUUUUAGCUCCAAACGUAUUUCUCUACAUGUUGCUAUAACUUAGAUUUCUCUGAGUUGCAGUUUGUCUGUUGGAUUUUUUAGUAUAAAAGUGACAAUUUACAACUCCCAUAUUCUCAUAAAAAGAGGCUAGGCAGUCCUAUAGGAAGUUAAGAGAUCAUCAUGGUUGGUGGAGUCACUUUCUGGUCUGCCCAGUACUCAAUGCAGAAGCAGCAGAUCCUGGGAAUUUGCAGCAAACACUGGGACUACAAAUGUAAGUAUCCUUUUCUGCAUUAUUUAAAAAAGGGGCAAUCGAAGCAGCAGAAUCACCACAACACACAAUGUUACAGUGCCUAUAGUGCCCUGGCACCAUUCCUGGUUCAGUGUCACAUUGCUUUGAAAUGUCUGCAUUGAGAAUGUGGAAUGUACACUUCCACAUUAAUAUUUACAUUUAUUUCAACCUGGAUGCAUUGACAGGCUGAGAGUGCUGGGCUUACACUCUCUGCCAAUAGCCACUGUCCAGGUUGGACAAAAGCCAUUGUUAAGUGUAAUUUCUACAUUAUUAAUGUAGUCAGGGAGGGGAAGGUCUCCAGGCAAAGGAAAGAGUGCAGAUUAUGUAAAACCAUUCCUAACCCUUUUGCCAUUAAACUGAGGAAGGGUGCUAGGACACUUAGGCAACAAUACCACUUCAGCUAGCCAUAGUGUUUCUGUUGAUGACAAUGUCUCUUUUUGAAUAUAUUUCAAUGUAUUUAAAAAGAAUGGGUUAAAGGUACACUUUAGGUACCCAGACCACUUCUUCUCAAGGAACCAAGUACCUCUUGUUUUAACCCUAUAAUGUAAACCAUUGGCAUACAUAUUGUAGGGCUUAAAUGCCAUACUGACAGCCACUAGAAGCACUUCCUCAGAAAUAUUAGAGUAAAACUCAUAGAGGCCAUCUGAUUUUCACAGAUCAGUGUUUUGCUACGCAUGCACACUAGUUUCUGAAUGCUUUCCUAUUGGAGCUUAUCAAGAUUGGGGUGGGGGGGCAAGCCGCAGAAAGGGCUGUGCAGCGUGGGAUAUAAGGUAAGUAAAAUGCUUUUUUAACCUUUGAGAGCUAGGUCUGUCAACUAGGCCUGAAAACAGGCAUUUGUAUUCCUAAUGUGCAGUGUUCCUUUAACUUGAGCCAAAAAAUAUCUUUUUAAGUUGCAUUCUUUCUUUCCUAAAGAGAGCGCUUAAUGAAAGGCCAUAACCUAUGUGUCAUUAAGUGACCUUUAUCAUAGUUAUAUGUGAUUAGCUUUAUUUUACAUGGGUGAGUUAACAUCAUAUUGUCAACAUUGCCUUCAGUCUCAUGUUGACAAUAUGAUGUUAACUCACCCACACUUGCCAUGAGGCUUACUGUCCCUUCACAGCAGUGUUGGCCCCAAUUCUGUUGUGUUCACAGGGAUAAGUUACAAACAAUUGUUUAAGGCAGAGUAGAUUGGCAGAGAAGUUCUAAACCAUUUAGUCUGCUCAACUACUCUUGGGCGGCAGCAACGACCAUAGUACACAUCAGCCCCAAUACAUACAGUAAAAACCAAAGGAAAAAAAAGUUACCUGCGCUCUUUCUUGGGCGUCUCCAGGGUUCAUACUUGGGGGGGGACAUAAGGGGCCAGGGACAAAAAUAGGGGGCAGUUAUAAAAUGUGCACUUACCUGCAGCUGCCAGCUUCUUCUCCGCCUCUCCCCUGCACAGUGCCCCUUCUGGCUGCACGUGGGAAAAGGGUGCAACACAGUGACGGUGCUGCUGCAGCUUGUGAAGGGAGCCUCAGUGCUCCCGACUUCAAUUUCAAUUGGGGGGCACUGCAUGAAGUAGGGGGGGCCAUGCCCCCCCCCCCCCUCACCAAGAGAUGCCCCUGGCCCUAAGGUGUAAUGUUAACACUGCAUUUUCUCUGAAAAGAGAAUAAACUUCUGCCACCAGGUGCCUAGUAACCUUGGUAUGCCUCUGUGUUAGAAGCCAAGGAGUAAAAGCAAGGAUUAUUGAGCUAGCACAAGGAAACUAUCCAUACUCCUUGGGAUUGGAUGACCUCCUGCUGGGCCCUGAAGUCUAAAUAGAUGGUAAACGGCUUGAGGCUUGUUCAUUGCCAAAUUCCAGUACACGUCAGCAAAAACAAAUACCUAGCCUUUGACCUCUGCAUCUAUUGUUCAACAUUCUUUUGCAUGAAUUAAAAAUGCAACAAGCUAUGAAACAGAAGAGUGAUUAAGUGCUCAAUCACUUUUGAUAUGUUCUUGUCUGGAGAUGAAUACCUACCAGUAAGGUUAGCAGUCUGCAUAGUAUUGUCUUUUUCAUUUCAUUAUCAGUACGGAACCAAAAACAAAACUUGCUUCACUCUCCAAAUGCUUUUGGCCUACAUUGUUUAGGUUUUAAUCCACACAAUACAUCUAUCUACAUUCAUCUGUGGCGAAGUAUAGAUAAUAUAUUGCAAUACCUACCAAAAAUUACCUUAGCAUUCUUGUGUUGAUAUGGGGUGAAGUGAGAACUAUGAUUAAGGAUACAAAGUAAUGGUUAGGAGACAUAAUGGUGUUAGCAGCUAGAGAAAGUAUACAUAGAGGAGUAUAGUAUGGGUAUGAAAGCGUAAUAACCUGAGAAGUGUUACAAAUACUGUAUGUAGUGAUUUAAAGAGCUGUAUCUUUAUUGCAAGAGUUAAUAGGAAUCUUGAUAGAGUUGUUGGUUUGCUUUGGUUUGUCAGCAAAGCAAUUUAAUUUACAUAGUUGUCCACCUGAAAGAAAGACAAUGAAGAAAAUAAAGAGGAUUAGGUGUUACUGGCAGACAUGGACUGAUACAAUAUAACUAAAUCACGAAAGUGGGGAAUGAAACCUUGUCCUUUUUUUGUGGUUGCACCAAUAGGCUUGUGCAUCUAUAAAAAAAUAACAAAAUACAUAGCAUGUGCGCUCCGCAAGUAAUUAGAGGAAACAAACGUUCCUAUAAAAGAUAUAUACCUUUAAUAAAAAAAUACCAGCUAAAACAAUGAAAAAUUACCCAAGAUAUAUUAAAUAACUCUUAGGUGGGACAUAUAACACACUAAACAAUGUAUCCAAGUCUAGCAUUGGUUCAUAACAUAUACUAAAACUACAACAGUUUCAAUGAAUACAGAAGCAGCAUGUUGCAGCCCAAAGGGAAAGUAGAUGUGAAGACAAAGGGGGUUGAGAAACUAAAUGAUGCAAACCUUGCUGAGAAAUCCUUUUAUAGCAUUGCAUGUAAAUUGUAUAAAAACUGUAGGUAAUGUGAGAUAAAUACCCCUAAUAGAAAAAUUAUCAAAUAUACAAAAAAUUAUAUUUAUAUUGAAAAGUAUAUAAAAAUCCAAACGGUAACCACUGAUAGAACAGAUGUAAAAGUACCUGACCUCGCGUGGGGGCCCCCAAAAAACCGAGGUGACGAUCAAGAUGAUUCAAAAAUAGAAACAGCAGCUCUAAGAUCAAAAUCUGGUGGUAAAAAAAUCUGCCUCACUUGUUGAUGAAUGGUAGAACACACAGGAUCUCAAUGAAGGCAGCAAACCAUAGAUAUACUUGAUGGAUAUCAGCACGCCAGACAAUCAAUACAAAUAGAUAACAGAGAGUAGAAAGGCACUGCGUCUAUGCCCGCUUCGUCAUGUUCACAGGACUUUCUCAAGUUUGUGCAUCCGUACAGCAAAGACUGCUGCCACACUCUUAUGUUACUUUGAAAGCAUAACUGAAUUAAGAUGUAGUAAACAGUACAGGAUUCAUAAGAACACAGCAGCAUUAGAUGGCCAUUAACAACUACACCAUUUAUAACCAUGCAGAUCAGGUGUAGCAGGAGAGGGGUGUCAAAACCAGUAGGAGAGAAUACCAAAGACAGUCAAGUAAGCCGGGUCAUGUACAUGGAAUGCCAAGUAGAUAGGCAGAGUAUUAUUCAAAACAGUGUUUAGAAUGUUGAAGGCCAUUUAAAUAAUCACUGUAAUGGUGCCAUGUUUUCCAAUUGGGUGUGCAUAGAUUUGGGAUUAUCGGGGACAGUGUUAGCAGGGAAGGAAGCCCCAGCCAAUGACGGCUCUAAAGAUCUGGAACUAAAAAAGGUUAAAUUGCUGAUCCAUCAAUCUAAAAUCAUGAUUUAUUAUUAUCAGUGGUUCUGUAAUGGUGCUGGACUCUUGAAUAAAGUCAACGUUUUUAAAGUAAAUCAGGAUAAUGGAUUCAUGGAUUCAUCAGGAGAGGUCAUUGAAGUACAUACAGACAGUUUAGGAGCUAAAAGGAAACCUCAAUAAAACACAUUCUCGUCUUGUGUACAUGGAAGGAUUUGGUUUACACAAAGAUUUAUAGAUGGCUAUAGAGAACCAAUUAUACUCAUUGUAUAGGGAAAUGGGAUUAUUUGAAGAGGCAUAGUAGGAACUAGCACAACAAAUGGCUUACCAAGGUAAUGACUCCGCAUGUAUAUUUAGUGCAUUUACAAAAACAAACCUUGCUAUGGCUUAAAGUGGUAUUGCUGUGUCUUCUGGACUUUGGUGUCUCCUUGCCAUCUUCAUUGCUGCCAUGAUUCUGCCACUCUUAGAGCUUCAUCUAUUCAUAAAUAAGCAUGCAAUACAGGAGUUUUUGGACGACUCCAUGAGAACACAGGAUCUUACAGAUCUCAUGAAUUAUUUGUUUUACAAACUAAUUUUAUUCGUUUUACAUAAAUAUAUUAUAAUUGUAUAUAGUAGUUCCUGUUAAUUGUUUUAUUAACAUCAAUAACUAUAGACCUAUCGAUAUUGUAAAUGUUUUAUCACCAGAUUUGGAUCUUAGAGCUGCUGUUUCUAUUUUCUAUUGUGAAUCAUCUGGAUCGUCACCUCGGUUUUUUGGGGGGGGGUCCCCCGAGGUCAGGUACUUUUACAUCCGUUCUAUUAGCGGUUACCGUUUGGAUUUUUUUUUUUAAAUUUCACUUUGUUUUUUUUUAAUACUUUUCAAUAUAAAUAUAAUUUUUUGUAUAUUUGAUAAUUUUUCUAUUAGGGGUAUUUAUCUUACAUACUCCACCCAAGCUUCCCCUCUCCAUUUUUUUAUUAUUGUUCAUGUUAAUGAUUGUUAUUUUUAUUGUAUUAUAAUGUUAAAUAGCUAAUAAAAACUAUUUGAAAAGAUUGCACAGAUCUGGCAUCUAUCGCUCACAACAUUUGAUGGGAGAUUAUGGCAGCAGGAACUCUGCUCAUUUGACCAAAAUCCAAUCCUGCAUGAGACAAACUAUUAUGUACAGCGCUACGGAAUUUGCUGGUGUUAUAUAAAUAAUAUAAUAAUUAAAAUUAUUCUUAAAAUGUUAUUAUGCAGAUAAUGAAAACAGUAUUCACAUCUGAAGCUCCUGCAUUUACUGCAAAUCCUAGUUGUAGCUGAGUUAUCAGCUUUCUCCUUCAGAAAACAGUUGAGAUACAACUGUCAUAAAUCUAAAUGAGAAUGUCACGUCUCUGAAAUUCCCAACAUUGAAUAAAUUUUUUUUAAAUCACUUAGAACAUGUAACAGUUUCUCUUUAAAGCACCAAUAUAGGCACCCAGACCACUUCAGCUCAAUUAAGUGGUCUGGGUGCCAGGUCCCUCUAGUGUUUACCCUGCUUUGUUUAUACUAGGGUUAAUCCAGCCUCUAGUGGCUGUCUCAAUGAUAGCCGCUAGGGGCACUUCCACACUUCUCACUGUGAAAAUCACAGUGAGAAGACGCUGGAUGUCCAUGGGAAAGCACUGACGUCGUCAGGAGGAGGAGAGUUCCCCAGCGCCAAGGGAGCCCGGCGCUGGAGAAAAGUAAGUAAUUUAACCCCUUCAGCCCAGCAGGAGUGGGACCCUGACAGUAGGGGGGACCUAAAGACCCUAUAGUGCCAGGGAAACGAGUUUGUUUUUCCUGGCACUAUAGUGGUCCUUUAAAUGAUUACACAACGUACAACUAUUACAGGAGAAAAAAAGAGAAUGGUACAGUUUGGAAGGGAGGGAAAGAAAAGCUAGGCUUAUAUUGCAAAACUAUGUAUUAUUUCUUAUAAGAAUCUUUUUUUUUUUUUAAAUCACCCUGCAUAACUAACUGUAACUUAUUACAAACAUUCCAUCAAACAUUUAGGUGUGAGUAGUGUCCCUUUAAGACCGAUUUAAUCCACAGUCUAGCUCUAUACCACCUGUCUGCUCGCUCUGCUUAGUUUUGUAUUUCACACUAUGUAUGCAUAACACAGAGUGUAAUAGUUGAAAUAAUUAGCAUAAUUAUGUUUAAUGAAACAUGCAUAUGCUGAUUUACGCUGGAAAUGAAUUUACAAUUAACUCCCUCAUUGUUAUAAAUGAUUUAGCGCCACUAUUCUGCCCCUUUACGGCACUGGAGGGAAUUGAAGUGCACUUUGCCAAAGCCAGUGAAUGGAAGUUUAAUGUGAUUACUCUAUCAAUAGAUGCUGCAUGUACAACAAGGAAGGAAGUCUGUGGAGCUGAAUGGAAGUUCCCUUCGGAGCCAGCUGACAGAUUUAGAAAAUGAGCACUUGAGAGUGAAACUGGAAAACUCCCAGCUGCGCAUGGACAAGGCUAAUUUGGUGAAACAUAUAGCUCAGCUGCACAAGCAGGUAUACUACUUGGCUUUAGUUUAACUUACUGCUUGCUGCCAUAGCCUGCAAGUUUAACUUGCUGCCUGUUACAAUGUUAAACACUGAAGAAAGCUAAGAGCAGGACAUUCCUUGCACAGCAUGUAGUGCUUGAUAUGGCGUUCCAAUGUGAAUUACAGCUGGUGAAAGAAUGAGGUUAUAUAUAGUUACCAACAUUUUUUAAAAAAUUCCAGGGACACUUUGCAGCACAGCUAUCAAUUACUACCGUACCUUGAAAAUGUACCACACCCACUGCCGCACAGCUCCGCCCACUAUGUCCAACCCACAUAAUUAAUCUCUGCCUACUUAUAGUGCACGUUACCGGGUCUACUCAAUAAAGAGAGAAUUACAGGGAAUUGAGAUGGUAAUUUUAAACUUAAGGCCAAAGUAGCCAAGUUGGAAAAAAUUAUCUCAUUCAGCUGCACUAUUUCAGCCAAAGUUUGAAAUUCCCAUUUUAAUUCCCUGCAAUUCUCUUUUUACUGAUACAAUAUACAGGUAUACAGUAAGCACACAAGCUCACUGAUACACAGGCUCAAAGACAGACAAGUUUACUGACACAAAACACAAACUCAUUAAUACACACAUAUAGGCUCACUGACAGACAAAACUCUGAUUCACACACAAGCUUACUACAGACAAACUCAUUUGUAUAGACACACAAGGCUCACUACAGAUAAGCUCACUGACACACACAAGCUUACUACAGCCAAGCUCACUGACACAACAAGCUCACUAAAUACAAGCUUACUGAUACACAAGGCUCACUACAGACAAACUAACACACAAAAGCUCACUACAGACAAGCUCACUGACACACACAAGCAGUGCCAUCUUAACAGCGUUAUGGGCCCCUAGAGAAAAAGCAGUGCACUGUGGCCCUUCCAACACAACAACUCACAGGAAUAACAAUUAAAUAAUCAAUAAAAAUUAAGCUUCUAUUUAUUGGUUCCUCCAACAAAUGCAAUACAUACAUACACACAGACUGCUGAACACAUACAGACUGCUGAAUACACGCACACACCGACUGCUGAAUACACGCACACACAGACUGCUAAGUACACACACACAGACUGCUGAGUCCAUACACACACACAGACUGCUGAGUACAUACACACACACAGACUGCUGAGUACACACACAGACAGACUGCUGAGUACACACAGACAGACUGCAGAGUACAUACACACAGUACACUGAAUACACACACAACAAACAUAUAGCUCACGCUUCUAUUUAACAUAUUUAUAAAUGAUCUUGAAAUAGGCAUUGAAAGCCAUGUAUCAGUGUUUGCAGAUGACACAAAACUUUAUAAAGUAAUAAAAUGUGAGCAGGAUAUUGCUUUGCUGCAGAGGGAUUGGAUAGAUUGGGGGACUGGGCACUAAAAUGGCAGAUGAAAUUUAACGCAGAGAAAUGCAAAGUUAUGCACUUCGGGGUUAAGAAUGCACAAGCAAUUUACACCCUAAACUAGUAGUGAACUAGGGAUUACCACACACAAGAAGGAUUUGGGAAUUGUUAUAGACAACAAAUUAGGCAGCAAUAUGCAAUGUCAAUCUGCAGUUGCUAAGGCCAGUAAGGUUUUGCCAUGUAUAAAUAGGGGCAUAAAUUUUCAGGAUGAAAAUAUUAUUUUGCCUCUUUAUAAAUCGCUGGUAAGACCACACCUUGAAUAUGCUGUGCAAUUUUGGGCACCUGUUCCAAAGAAGGAUAUCAUGGCAAUAGAAAAAGUGCAGAGACGAGCUACAAAAUUGAUAAAAGGAAUGGAGCAUUUUAGUUACGAAGAAAGGUUAAAAAAUUUUAAUCUGUUUAGUUUGGAAAAACGGCGCCUGAGAGGGGAUAUGAUAACAUUAUACAAAUAUAUUCUGGGCCAGUACAAACCUUUACCUGGAAAUCUAUUCAUAAACAGGGCUAUACAUAGGACACGAGGUCACACAUUUAGGCUGGAAGAAAGGAAAUUUCAUCUAAGGCAAAGAAAAGGUUUUUUUUACAGUAAGAGCAAUAAGGAUAUGGAAUUCUCUGCCUGAAGAGGUGGUUUUGUCAGAGUCUAUACAGAUGUUUAAACCGGAAUUGGAUAAAUACUUGCAAAAACAUAACAUACAGGGAUAUAAUUUCUAAUUAGUGGGGUAAUUAUAGCUGCUUGAUCUAAGGAGACAUCUGACUGUUAUUUUGGGGUCAAGAAGGAAUUUUUUCAGUGUGUUACAAAAUUGGAAGCACUUCAGACUAGGUUUUUUGCCUUCUUUUGGAUCAACAGCAAAAACAUAUGUGAGGAAGGCUGAACUUGAUGAAUGCAAGUCUCUUUUCAGCUAUGUAACUAUGUAACUAACAUACUGCUGAAUAUACACACUCAGACUGCUGAAUAGACACACAAACUGCUGAAUUCAAACACAGAGACUGCUGAGUACACACAAACAAACUGAGUACACACAGACAGAAUGCCGAGUACAUACAAACAGUGCAUUGAAUACACACACAAAAACACACACAUAGACUGCUGAACACACACACACACACACACAGACUGCUGAAUACACACAGAAUACUGAUCACAUAAACAUACUGCUGAAUACACACAUACAGACUGCUGAAUACAUACAAAAUGCUGAAUACACACACACACUGCUGAACACACACAGAUAAACUGCUGAAUGCACACAGACUGCUGAAUAAACACAGGCUGCUAUACACACACACACAAACACACACACUGCUGAAUACAUACAGACGGCUGAAUACACACACAGACUGCUGAAUACACCCAGACUACUGAGUACACACAGACUGCAGUGAGGGGUGUAGUGUUUGUGUGUAGGGGUGCUGUGUUUAUAUGUGAGGGGUUAAGUGUGUGUGUGGGUGUGUGAGAGGGGUGCAGUGUGUGAAGUAUGUGUGUGUGUGAGGGGUGCAGUGUGUGAAGGGUGCUGGAUGUUUGAGGGGUGCAGUGUGAGAUGGGUGCUAUGUGUGUGGGUUUGUGAGGGGUUCUUUGUGUCGGGUGCUGUGUGUAUUAGGGGUGCUGAGUGUGUGUGAGAGGUGAAGUGUGUGUGUGUGUGUGUGUGAGGGGUGCAGUAUGUGACGGGUGCUAUGCGUGUGAGGGGGUGCUUUGUGUCAGGGGUGCUGAGUGUGUGAGGGGUGAUGUGUGUAUGUGUGAGGGGUGCUGUGUGUGAAGGGUUGCUGUGCAUGAGGAAUGCUUUGUGUCAGGGGUACUGAGUGUGUGUGAGGGUUGCUGUGUGUGUGUGUGUGUGUGUGUCAGAGGUGCUGUGUGUGAGGGGUGCUGUGUGUGUGUGAGAGGUGCUUUGUGUCAGGAGUGCUGUGUAUGUGUGUGAGGUGUGCUGUGUAUGUGUGUCAGAGGUGCUGUGUGUGUGCGAGGGUCCUGUGUGUGUGAGGGAUGCCUUUUGUCAGGGUUGAUGUGUGUGUGAGGUGUGCUGUGCCAUGGUGGUCUAGUGGUGGUGAGUUAUCUAUAGCAGUCUAUACUCCUCUAAUGUGCAGCAUGCUGUGUCCGAGCAUUGCCGUGGUAACACGUGGCAACGCUGCGCACAGCAUGCUCGCGGGAGGAGCUUUCUGCCUCCCAGGUCCUAGAUCCACUGCACCCCUCCCUGUCACUAAAGAGGGAGCAAUAUUUGAUCUUCUCACCGGCCCAAGAGGGCCCACAGCAAGAAAGCAGGUCUCCUCUGUUUGCCUGGGAACUGACACACACACACACACACACAAGCUCACUACAAACAAGCUCACUGACACACACAAGCUCACUACAGAUAAGCUGACUGACACACGCAUACAAGCUCACUAAAGACAUGCUCACUGACACGUACACAAGCUUCCUCACUAGCAGGCGCACACACACACACAUACACACACACGGCUGAGUAUAUCAAGCUUACCUUGCUAUCCAGAUAGCCAUUUUCUGGCCUCUUCCAACUGCAGCAAGGUCUGCUGCUUAACGGUGGGGGCGGACUUGGGGCAGGAGGUGGGGCUUGCAUUCAUGGGUGGGGCUUGCAUCGUGGGGGUGGAACCUGCUCGCGUGAGGUGGAGCAGGAGCCGGUUUGCCAGGGAAGCUGCUGGGAAAUUGGAAGGGAGACUGUCAGUGCUCCAUCAGCCCCCAGCAUCUCUCUCCAGCUUCCAGCACCUCUCUAUAGCCCCCAGCAUCUCCCAGCAGCUCUGUCCUGAAUUCCCUCGGACUGUAACAAGCUGUUACAGUCCGAGGGAAAAUAAUAAAAGCUCAUGGCCCAGCAAGUUGCCAGAACUGUCCCAAGAGAGUUAAUUGCCUAGGACAGACUCCAGCUUGUUGGGACUGUCCCGGCAAAAACGGGACAGUUGGCAACUACUAAGCAGUGUAUUUUCAAGUGCUUGGCAAUGAAGGGGUUCUUUAUGUGAAAAAGCCCAUUAAAUUUCAGAAUUCUUAGUUCUUUUUGGUGAAUUUGGGUAUCGUUUUGUUGUUAAUUGUUUCUUAUUAGUGAAUAGACCCCAGUAUUUAGAAUAGUUAUGAUAAGGCUUACAAAUAUAUAUGCUAUAGCACUGUAAAGUCGAAUAUAAAAAUUGUGAAAUAAAUAAAUCAAGCAUAAUAUUAUGCCAAAAUCAUGGUAUAGCGCACAAUAUUAGUUUGAAUGCUAGAAUGUUCUUAAGAAUCAUGUUAACCAAUGAUUUUCAGAUAGACUUGUAGACAAUAUUGUACAUUGUAUUAUUCAAAUUUGGGUACCAGAUGUCAGUGCAGGGAGCCUCAGGGUUUGAUUGUCAAACCUGAAUUUCUGGUUUCCUUUCUCUUUAAUCCAUGGGCAGCUGCUUUGACAUGGGGGAGGGGGUCUGCUUAACACAACCUCAACAUACAUUCUGUCCCCUUAUCCUACUACAGUCUUAGAUCUAUGUUUGUAUUUUCAAUAAAUCUUUAUUAUCAUAUCUACAUAAUUUUCACCAAUUAUCCCUGUGUAUAUUCAAUCUUGUAGCUUCAAGUGUGAUGAAAUUAAAAUUGCAUGUGGAUAAUAUUUUUGCAUUUGGGGACAAAACCACUAUGAAAAAUAAUAUAAAAUACUAUUUGUGCUUGAUGAUAAUAUUAUAAGAAAAAAAUAAAAACAUUCUGUAGACAUUAACUAUAAUGACUAUAUGUGUAGCGGUUUUGAUGCCAGUAUUACCCAGGCACCAUUCCUCAGUAAUGUGGCAAGCCAUUUUGCCAUGGUUUGCCCCUUUACCUACAUCCUGAACAUCCUCUUGGCCGAGUGACACGCUCCCAGCUUCUGCAGAGCAGUAGAAUCCAAAUUCCGAUACCGCCGGUCAUUCAUUGGCUGAGAGCUUCAGCCAAUCAGUGGCCCUCUGUGCAUGGAAUAUGCACAUAAUUGACAUUACCUUGUCCAGAAUCCUUAUUGGCUAAUGAUGUACUAAUGAUGCUGCCAGAGGUGGAGUUACACUACUGGCAGUAAUAUAACACAUCUCUAUAAUUGCAUUGUUUUAUAUUGAAAUACUGCACAUACAGAUUCAAGUGCCAUGAACACACUUGAACACUGAAGUGCUCAUGAUGCUUGGAGUAACCCUUUAAAGGAUGAUGCUAAGAUGUAUGGAUCUAAAUUACUUGGCUGAUGAACAUAUUGAUGUUGGGAAACAACAGUAAAAGAGGGCAUGGGCCCCACCCACAUACCGUUAAGCCUAUCCAAACAAACAUCGCUAUAUGAAGGCCCAUCCAAACAAAAAUCGCUCUACAAAGGACCACCAUUCUAUUGUGCAUUGCAGUCAGAUAAGUCAUAUUUCUUAAUUUGAUUUAACAAUAAUAAUUGUUACUGUAAACUUAUGUUACAGAUGAUAUAUAUAAAUUCUAAAAAAUUAGCAAUAUUUGUACUCAGGUAGAAGUUGCGAAGAAUAUGAGGAGGAGGACAUAAGUGGGGCAAGGGUCCACAAAUGGGGACAUGGAGGAGGAUCCAAAUGGGGAAAGAGAGGAUAAGGAAAUGAGGAUGCAAGAGGAACAUGGUAAGGGAGAUAAGUGGGGAAAAGAAAAAUCUAGAGAGAGGGAUGCAAGGGGGAACAUGGAGUGGGACACAUGAAGGGGAAAUGGGAAAGGGCACAAAAAAGGGGACAUUAAGAGGAAAACAUUUUGGGAAAGGGUUUAUAUUGAAAUGGUAAUUAAAGGGGGGGGAAUGGAGGUAGAGAAAAGUAGGGGUAGGGAAGAAAUUUGGGAUGGGGACACAAAAGAAUAUAGGCAGAAUGGUCAAUUGAUAUUGCUACAUGUACUGUUGACCUUUUGUGCUCACUAUACAUAUAGUUCCAGGUGACGCCACUGAGAGAAACUCUAUAAAUCUCUUUAUUAAGCUGGGACACUUCGUUAUCUAUACAUGUGUUUAUAUUUUCACACUUUCAGGAUACCUGCUGCAUCCCAUUUUCAGCCUCACACUCACUGCCAUGUGUCCUAUUCAAUUUGGACAUGAGCUACUUGAUCUCCGGUUUUACUCUGUGUUUAGCUCUGUCUUUGCUGAGACCAACUGGCAUCAUUCAACCAUCACGAGGCAUGCGGAAUGCUCCACUCACAGUCCUUUAAUACUAAGAAAUUAUGCAGGCACAGCAUAAUCCCAGCGACGCCAUCCACUCACAUUUUGGAGUAACUUAAAUUACAAAGGCAUCCAAUUCCCAUAUAUUCCCGUUCCACCCAGAUCCUUGUCCCCUUUUGUGGUCUCUAGGAAACAUGAGAAUGUAUUCUAGCAAGCCUGGCUAGUAACUCGGAUAGAAAUUUUGAGCUAGUAGCAUGGGAUUUUAAAUUUUGGCUACUAGCAUGGGAUUUCUCUGAACUUUCUGAUUUCUUUUAUCCAGACCUUGACUUGUCUUACUGACUGUAUCAUUUCAUAUUGACCUUGGCCUCGGCCUUGGUCUUUUGGCUGUUCUAGUUCUUGCCUCAUGUUAAGCUCAGCCAGUUCUACAGACUUGUAAUACCUUCUAUUUAUCAAACUAGAUUUGUGUGUUGGGACUCCGUACCAGUUCAGACAAACACACUGUAACAGUUUUACACAUCAGACUAGAUUAUCAAACAGCAUCGCAGUACAAAUUUGUCUAAUGAGCAAAAACAUAAACAGUAAGGUAGAAUAUGAAUGGAUCCACCUUUCUGAUUGGCUUCAUAACUAGGAUGCAGUAAACAUCACUCUAAAUAUAGUGUGCAAGGAAGACAUGCCUAGAGGAAAUGUUAACUCUUGUGGGGUGUCUCCAAAUGUGUUUAGAUCAAAGUAACAUGUAUAAGAUACUCAUUAGAGCAGGGGUUCCCAAUUAAUUUUUCCCAUGGAACCCUUUGACAUAGUGUAACAACAUCGUGGAACCUGGCGCCUCCCUUUCUCCCCCUGUAAAAGAAAAAUAAAUUGUGCUGUUACAUAAACUUUUUUUUUGUAUGUGCCGGUGUGUGUCUGUGUGUCAAGGUGUGUGUAUCUGUCUUUGUAUGUGCCAGUGUGUGUAUUUGUGUGUCAAUGUGUAUCUCUGUGUUUGUGUGUGUAUGUAUCUGACACACAGAUACACACACACACACACACUGGCACACAGAUACAGACACAUUGACACACAGAUACACACAUCUUGACACACAUUGUGUAUCUGUGUGUGUGUGUGUGUGUGUGUAUGUGUGUGUAUCUGUGUUUGUAUGUGCCAGUGUGUGUAUCUGUGUGUGAGUGUGUAUGAAUCUUACACACAGAUACACACACACUGGCACAUAGUGGCACACAUAUACACACACCUUGACACACAGAUACACACACUGUCACAUAGUGGCACACAGAUACACACACCUUGACACACAGGUGCACACACCUUGACACACGGUAUGUAUCUGUGUGUGUGUCAAAGUGUGUGUAUCUGUGUGUCAAAGUAUGUGUAUCUGUGUUUGUAUGUGCCAGUGUGUCUGUGUAUCAAGGUGUGUGUAUCUGUCUUUGUAUGUGCCAGUGUGUGUAUUUGUGUGUCAAUGUGUAUCUCUGCACUGCUACAUACACACACACACACUAUGAAAGAUACACACAGUGACACUCUGAUACACAGUGACACAUACACACAGAUACACAAUGGUACAUACACACAUUAGAUACACACAGUGACACAAACAAUGACACACAGUGACACAAAGAUUUCACACAGAUAUACACACACACACACAUUGUCAAAUACACACACAUGCAAUUUUUUUUUUAUCUUUGCAGUCACCCUCCUGUUAGCAUACCUGUUGUCUGCAGGAGGGUGAUUUGCUGGCUGAGGCUGGUGUGUGGGGGGAGCUGCUCACUACUGGGUGAAUCACAGCGGAACCCCAAUUGGGAAAUGCUGCAUUAGAGAAUGAUGUGAAUAUGAGAAAUAUGGUGAGCUGGGGGCUGAGCCACCUGAGGGACUCUCAGUUUGUGUCAAUUCACUGGAAAACUGUUUCUAACAGCCUGCUAGUACCAUAAUCACUUCAACAUGCAGUAGUGGUUAUUGUGCUAUAAUAUUUCUUGUUAUACUUCUGUCUUUCUCAACAAUAAUAAUCUCCUCAAUAUUAAAAAAACAACAGUUUAAGUAAGAAAAAGCUCAAGUCAUUUUAGAUUCAGCUGAUAUUCCAAAUCAUGUCUCACUGUCCUGAGAACAGAUGGAAGCUGCAUAAAGGAUUAAAACACUAAUGCUCUUAAAGGGACCAGAGAUGAGGCAACUGCAUUACUGGACGCACUCAGUCCCGUGGAAGUUGGGAGCCUUAUUUAUAAUUGUGAUGAGAAUAUUCACAGCAGGGCCUGUGAAUUUCAUUUUUUGAGCUGAAUCAGGGAAAAUCUGCAAAUCCCUCCUCCUUCCCCCCCAUAUCAUGUCCUGCUAUAAAUCUGGCCAACCAGAUGAGUUUCUGUAUCAUUUGCAAGCUAACAGUGUUUGUGUAUGAGUCCAACACCAGCAGAAUCCCAGAAAGCCCCAUGGACAUGGGAAGGCAGAGGCUUUGUGAGGGUUUAUAUAUUUAUUUUUAUUGAGUUGUUACAGAAUACAAGAAAACAGGCUACAGGGGAAUAAUGCCUCUCACCAGUAACUACCAUGUCCACUUCCAGCUGAGGUGACUUCUCGGACAAGAUCUCCUCACUAUUUCAUCUCCCUGAGAUGGCGCAAAUGCUACACUUUCAGGGGACAGUUCCCCGUUGACACCCAGUAUUAAGUUGUCCAUUCCUCGCCUUCCCUUCUUACUAGUAGGCAGAAGAUCCCGAAGGUAUGCAGUCUGGACAGAGAAAGUGGUGGAUGUAGUGAAUGUAGCCAAAAGAGGUCAUGCCACGCUGUAGAGAGAAGCAGCAAGAGCAGUUGCACAGUGCACAAGGUCAGCUUUAUGUUAACUAUUUUACAGUCAGCAAGCCAACACAAGUUUUGUUCCCCUACAUCUCUCCUAAAUUGCUGUAUUUAAUUUCCUCUACGCGAAGCAAAAGCAUGUGAAGAGUAGUUAAUGUAUUAUGUAUGCAGCAUAACCCUGUGCCUUUAGCCAUGAUAACAAUGGUCAUAAAGCAAAUAGCUUUUUAUAUGUAGUCGGAGUGCUUACUUAGCUCAGCCAAUGUGAGGUUUGUGUGAACUGAGCCGCUGAGAACCUUCAGCCCCAGAGCCAAUCAAUGUCCUCUUAUUAUAUUUGUACUCUUUCUCGUUAGUUUUGAAAAGUAACUGUCAGGUCCCCUGCCGCUCGCGGCGACCCUGCUUACCUCAUCACAGCGAGCGGCGUCAUCUGGUCCCUGUCUCCAGACUGGCAGUGUGUCUAAUGCUGCACGCUCCAGAGCAGCUUCCUUAUAUGUGUGCUGCACCCGGUCAUGUGACCCGGCGCACAGUGAUGACCUCAGAGACCACAAGGGAGGGAAGAAACUCCUCCCAUGUGUUGUGGUUAACACUAAUUGGAGAUUAGCCAAUCAGAUACUCCCUGUGUGUGUAUAAGCUAACCUCUCCCUUGCCUCAGUGCCCUGUUGUGGUCUUUGGUUUACCAUUAAGCGUUGCACUUGUUAUUUGGAUUUCCUGGUUUCUGAUAUUUGGCUUUGUCUCUCGUUAUUCCGUCUCUCUGUUUCCGUUGACCUCGGCUCAUGUUUUGACUAUCCCUUUUUGCAUAAUCCGACCAUUCUAAGGAUUGGUAUUGCAAUUCUCUCUACUCUGUCCUGUCUGCGUGUUAGGGUUCCCUAGUGAACGUGACAGUAACGUCACAUUGAUCGCUUACUGGCUGAGCUACACUGCUUACCUCCCAAUCAGCAGGAUGUUAUGUGAAAAGGGGAGGCACAGCUAAGAAAAUGUAGUUAUUAUGAAAAAAGUUGCAAAACAUUUUCCUUUUUUUAAGAAAAACUUAAGAGAUUUGAUCAGGGAGAAAAUCAGAGCAUAAGUAUUAUCAAAUGCACUUAAUUUAUGUCAGUGCCCAAAGUAUUCCUUUAAUUUCUGUAAUGCCAGCAAAGUCAGAAAUCGUUAUGAACUUAAAACUGGGCUUAACUUUACUCAUCUUUGUUAGUCACACAAUCUCAAAAUCAAUACUUUGAAAUCAUUAAUGAGAGACAAAAUGGAUCCAUCUUGGAAAGAUCUGACCUACAUCUUUGAUCCCUUUUACUUUGCCGUGGUGAUAAUAGGUGACAUUUGUGUCAUUAACUUGUUGUGUUCCAAAUCAAUAUUGAUAUGCAUUUAUGUUUCUUCAAGUGUGUUUAGAUCAGACAUUUUGUACAAGUGUAUUUGUUGUGUUAUCAUAAUUGAUGAAGAGAAUCGAGAAUUAUUUUGUGGUGCUUGUAUCAUACAUUACCUAUAAAACUAGGUAAUGAAUAAAACUGGUGUUUUUACCAAAGUGCUUUUUUUUUGUUUGCAUGUUCAACUUUUUAUCACAUAAGGGAAUAGCCUUUUUAAUAAUUACUAUUUCCCAGUCAGUUCAUACUGAUAGUAACAGCAUUGACAAAGCCACAGAUACAUGCACUUCAAACCAGAGAAGAAUUCGACACAACAUCCUGCAGUGACUGGGACAUCCUGUAUACAAAUACUCCUGAAGAGUCAACCAUUCUGUUAGAUCACACAAGGCUUCUCAAAGGCCAUAUGGAGAGGAAGUGUCUACUUUUAUUGUUAUGUUAUUUUUCCGCUUUCCUCUACAGGUUAAUGUAGGCAUAUCCCACCAAGAGAAUCUGGAAAUAAAUCAGUUAUUACUGUGUCUGUGUGGAUUUGGUAGGAUAGUUAGAAUUCUGUAGUGGCCAAGGUUAAAGAACCAUCAUUCACAAAGAUGAAGGUUACUAAGCAAGUAAUACAUUCACAAUAAUGAAGGUUAGCAAGUGAAUACAGUAUGUACAAAAAAGCUCAUCUUUUUCUUCAUAUCAGUUUCCAGAAAGGUGAGAAAGCAGUACAUAUGCUACAGAGAUAAUACCACUUGUUUCUCCAGUGUCACUAGAUGAGUCACACAUAUAUUUCCAUGACUGUUUCUAAGAUGGGUACAUAGGCAAUGUCUUCCUUUCACAUACACUUCUUACUCUUUAUGGCACAUGAUGUGUAUGCAACCUAGCAAAGUCCAUCAGUUAUAGCAAAAUAGUUAUCUGAUCUAAACACCAUCAUCUGCUUUGAUUUAUCUAAAACCUGAAGUUAGACUAAGAUCACACUGAGACAACUACCAUAAUACAGUAGAUCACUAAUACAGUGUAUCACUAGAAAAAUAAAACAUAAUUUAUAAAAACAAAAAUAAUAACAUGAAAAAAUAGUAUCUAGUGUUUGAGGUUAUUAUUAACGCUGAAUUGGCUUAAUUAUGAAAAACCUUCACAACCCUACAACCUCUUUAUACAUAAAGAUUUCACUGAAUUAAAAAAUUAUAUAUAUUUUUUCUUCUUCCUAGAUUGCUUCCAGAAAUGAUGAAAUCCGUCACAUGCAAAGUCAUGUGGACAGCUUGUGCUAUGAAAUGAAUAGCCUGCAGCUUCAAAAAGAUCUGAAUGAGUCCUCUGAAAAGCAAGCUUGGGAACAGCUAUCAAGCAUCACACAAGGCGUGCAUAACCUAGCCACAGAAAUGGCUCUCAAGUAACCACUGCCCUGUGCUCUUACACAUAUAUUAUCUAUUUUAUUUCUUGUGUUCACCCUCUCUCUAUUACACAAAUGAAAUACCUUCAGACCUGAGGAAGAGUGGAAAACUCUUGAAAGCUUGCCUUUGAAAUAUUAUGUUAGUCCAAUAAAAAUUAUUAUAUAUAUAUAUAUAUAUAUAUAUAUAUAUAUAUAUGCAAGAUUUCAGUCUUUAAAGAAUAUAUUAUAUAUUAAAAAUAGAUUUUCUCACCCCUCCUGGGUGGUAUGUUUAUUCCUCAUUCUCGGAUCCUCUUCCAGAGUCCUGGGAGUUUGAGGGUUCUGCGCAGUAUCUUAGCUGUCCCUAGAACUGCAUUCUUCUGGACAGCAAUCUCAGAUGUCCCACCUGGAAUCUGUUGAAGCCAGUCCAGGAGUCACAGCCCCGAGUACUCCUAUCACAACUGGGACUACUAAUGCCCUCACUUUCCACAUCCUUUCUAGCUCUUCUUUCAGUCCUUUGUAUUUGUCCACCUUCUAAUGUUCCUUCUUCCUGAUGUUAUAAUCACUGGGUAUUGCAAAAUCCACCACUAACAAAUCAAGUGUCACAACUGGAAAUAUAUAUAUAUAUAUAUUUUUAGUCUUUACAUAGAUUAUAAUCUACUUUAAAGACUGAAAUCUCACUUUCCUUACGUUAACCUUAAUUCCAAUGGAGAUCGAAGAAUGUUUUUAAAGACCUCUGUAACACGUAAUUGUUUUGCAUAUUUUCUAAAUUUUGUGACAGAUUUCUUAUUUUGUGCUUUUUGAAAAAUCCAGAAAUUAUUUAACUGACUGCUUUUAAAACUAAGAUCUGAUUUUAUAAAAUGCCAGUAUCUGUAUGAAUAUAGUGCUGUCUGGAAAUGUUUUGUUUUAGUUAUGUGCCUGUGGUUUACCUCUUUUAAUAAAUCACCAAGUAAAUGUAUUAAUUAACAGAGCCACACCUGACUGGGUUAUCAUGUAAACUAUGGGCAGUGUGCCAGUUAUAAUAUAUUCAAAGAGUGAAAGACAUCUGCUGCAUUUGCGUUACAUUCAGUGAAGGUAGGUACUUUGGAGUACUGAAAAUGUGAACAAUUUAUUAAAAAUAAAC